AAAAAUAAAAAUGGCGUGUCAAAAUUUGAGCGUCGUUCUGAAGGGUGAUUGUAAUAUUUUUACUUGUGAAAUUUUCAUGUCAUAGUGUUUUAAUUAAACGUAAAAAACAAUAAAAAUCAAUGAAGAAAUUAAUUUAUUAAACGAAAAAAACAUUAAUGAAUGUGUAAGCGAUCGAGUGCCGAAGAUAAAUUGUAUAGACGGCAUAACCUCUAAAAAUAGUGACAUAAAUAAAUAUUGUAAUAAAAAAAGUAUGAAAGAAGAAGCAGAGACAAGUAGUAAAUUGCCGCCUAAAAUAAUUAUGGGUGGUGUUGGCGGUUCUUCUUCGUCAACAACUAUGGCAGCGUUAAUGUUAAAAUCCACCAGUGCAUCCACUAUUCCCAAUCUCAAUACAAUGUCCAACUCCAACCAGCUAAAUCCCCCCACACCCAGUAAACAACAGAGUGAUGAAAUACUAAGCACGUUACUGCGUAUGAAUAAUUUCGAUUCAAUAUCGAGCAUAAAAGAUGAAUCGCUAGACAUUGAUCUAUCAGCGUGUGUAACCAUUAGCGCCGAUCCUUCCGGCACCAUAGGUGGCAAUAGUCUGUCAUCGUCCGACUUUUGGCGAGUUUUGGAUGAAAGUGCACAGACCUCACAGUUAGAUGUAAGUAAUGGCAGUGUUGGUAAUGGGGUAGUUGGUGGUGUUGGUGGCGGUAGCUGUAAUACAAGUCGGGAGUCAUUACAGGCCUCGCCAUCGGCAUCUAGUAAUGGUAAUUCCUUGCCGGCAAAUGAUAAGAAUGAAUUUAAGGUUGUUGUUAAGAAGGAACAAACCGAUUUUAGUGGUACUUUCCUCAAACCUUCCACUGGCAUUUCAUUUUCACCAUUAAAACGUAGCAUUAAGCCUCUGCAGGCGGAGCAACAUAUACGCAAAGAAAAGUCUCCCACCCGUUUGGUUAAAACAGAAACGGGUCCUCCUUCCUUAGCACCCAUUAUGCGAAUACAUCAAACUUUUAUUAAACCACAAGUAGAAUUGCAAAAGCUAAAUAACGGUGCUAAUACGCAAACAGUGCAACUGCACAACAAUAACUGCAAACAACAAAAAGAAAUAAUGUUAGCCAAUAACCAGCCACCUCCUCUAACAGCUCUAGGACAACCUAUGAAUAAGGAAAGUGCAGUUGUGAAACCCUUUGUUCUACCAGAACCUCUGUAUAAAUGUCUGGAUUGUGAAAAUCUUAUAUUCCGCAGUCCCGACCUAAAUAAACACACCAAUCAUCGUUUAAUUUAUAAAUGUCCUGAUUGUGAGAGAGAAUUCGAUGUUGAGACUUCGUUAAAGAAACAUUUGAAAACACAUCGUCCUAUUGAUGCACGCAAGGAUGCUUGGAAAAAGUGUCCCGAUUGUGGAAAGUGCCUUAAACUUGGAAGCAUGUGGAUGCAUCGCAAAAUUCAUACCGAAAAUAAGAAAUACGGCUGUGAGAUAUGUGGACAGAAAUUUGUACAGAAGAUAAACUUAACACAUCAUCAACGCAUACAUACCUCAGAAAAACCAUAUGAAUGUUCCGAAUGCCAAAAACGUUUUCAAGAGCGCAGUCAUCUGCAACGGCAUCAAAAAUACCACGCACAGACACGUUCGUAUCGCUGUGAGAAGUGUGGCAAAAUGUACAAAACCGAACGUUGUCUCAAGGUACACAAUUUAGUGCAUUUGGAACAGAGGCCAUUUGCUUGUACCGUCUGCGAUAAAUCCUUUAUUUCAAAUUCCAAACUUAAGCAGCAUUCGAAUAUACACACCGGCGAGAGGCCAUUCAAAUGUAACUAUUGUCCCAGAGAUUUUACAAACUUUCCCAAUUGGCUUAAACACACCAGACGUCGUCAUAAAGUCGAUCACAAAACCGGUGAAAUGCUGGAGAAUAUUCCAUCAUAUUGUUCGAAGAAAUCAACACGUACACCAAAGGAAAAGAAAACCAACGAAGUGAAAACAACGGCUGUAGCCUCAGCAAAGAACAACAACAGCAACAAUUCUGCGGCACCAACAACAACAAAUCAAAAACCUAUUGAUCUCAAGAAAAUGGAAACAAAUGAACUACAACAACAGCAACAACAAAAGAUACUAACAACAUUUUCUACUGCAAUAACAACCACAACAACGUCGGCUCAUUAUACAGCACCCACUACCGUCUUUACUACGAUUACCAUGGCAAAACCGCUUUUAACGGUAACUAGUGUGAGUAAUAACCAGCCCAGCUCCCUAAAUGGACCGCCACCAUUGGCUAAAGUUCCAGCUAAACGUAAAAAGAAACAAACUGCCGCUGUGUUAAGUCAAGUAUCAAAAGCAGACUUUGAUAGCUCCUUAGUAACGACAGCAUCAACAACAACGUCAACAACUAAUUACUUGAUAUCCUCAGCUUCACUACAUGCCAAUUUGCCAGUUGUCACCACAAAUUGUGGCAGUGGUCCCCCUCCGCUAGCCUUGGUGUACAAUAAUAAACCCAUAAAUGUGAUAAGUACAACAUUGUCAAACACUAAUACCACCAAUACGACUUUAAAAACAACGCAGCAUCAACAUCAGUCAUCAAAGCAACAACAACAACCAACAAAAGUUGAAAAGGUUAAGAGAGAAAGAAAACAACCCAUGCCAAAGCAAGUUCAACAAGUCCCACCACCUUUAAUAAUUAAAAAGGAAUUUGUAGAGCCAAGUACAGAAGUAAGCAUAGCAUCCCAUGAACAGCAACAGCAGCUUCAGUUGCGUUUGCAGCAAUCGCAGCAGCAACAACAACAAACCAAAGUAUCAUUUACCGAUUUACAUUGCUUAAGUAUUACCUCAGCUGAGGAAUUGAUAAUGGAACAGGCUUUAGAAAUGGAAGAAUGUGGCCUAUACAAAGCCUCCUUACCGACCAAUGUUCAUGAUCAUCAUGUUAUGUCGAAUUUCGCCGACACAGAUAAUGCCAUAUCAUCCGAUUCAAUGGCUGAUUUACAUUUUAAAAUCAAAGAGGAACAUCAUGAUAUGGAAUUGAAAUUAAAAACCGAAGAAUUUGAUUCGAUUAAAAAACAAUCGAUAUGUUCAUCAAUGGAAUCCUCACCAUUUUCCUCACCUGCCUCAAUGGAAUUUGCCCCCUCUUCAACUUUAACAACUACAAAUGAUUUUACAACAAAUAAUUUUUAUUUACCACCCUUUACCAUUGGUAAUAAUCAAAUUAUUACCACAAAUGCUCCCAUAACAGCCAUGAGGAUUGAAGAUUGUCGUGGUACUGUUGCAACGGCCCACACCUAUUUACCGCAACUGAUAACAACAAAUGUGAGCGUUCCCGAUCUGAUACAAAUAAAUAACAACAAUCAAAGAUAUUUGAAAGCCACCAGCUCUACCACAAAUGGUGGUAGCAAUAGUGUAGGUGGUAAUAUGAAUUCCUCAUCAUUUAUUAAUCAACUAUACUUGCCGCUAACGGUCAAUGCUGGUCCCGUUCUAAUGAAAUCAAAUCAAGCUCUGCCCUCUGUCGAUACUCUGUUAUUUUCGAAUACGAAAUUGGGCCUUUUUAACAAUCGUAAUUUACCAAAACAAGCCACAACAGCUCAACAUAAUUUAUCCUAAUCCAAAGUAACAACAAUUAUUUUUCCGUAAAUUUAGUUAAGUUAAUUUGUUUUUCUUAUUUUUUUUUUAUUUACAAAUCUUUAGUCCAGAUUAAUGUUGUGUGAUUUUGUGUAUUUUUUAGUUAUUUUGUAAUAUAUUUUAAGUUUUUUUAAAUACUUUAUUUUUUAUUUAGUGAUUGAUAAUAAUUACAAAUUUAGUUUAGAUUUUGUUUAAUUUUGUUUUUAAUUUCGACCAUGAAAAAGAAACAAAAUAUAUAAAACUAAAAACCACAAAUAUUUUGUGGUAUUUUGUCUAGUAACAACAGACAGACCAACCAA